AUGACGGAGAAUACGACGGCCAUAGCGCACGAUCAUGACAAUCGUGGGCCGCAACUUCUCGGUGUGAACAUUGCCUUCGGCAUUGUGUCUGUAAUCACCGUUGUGCUGAGAAUAUAUACCCGUGUCUUUACCGUCAAGGCGUUGGGCCCUGAUGAUUGGUUUAUGGCUGUGGCGACUGUUGUUUGGAUUGCCUACUGUGUUUCAUCGAGCACUGGCGUAUACUAUGGCACUGGCCAACAUAUGUACAACCUUGAGCUGGAGAAUAUGGAGAAAGCCUUAUACUACUGGUGGCUGUGUUACCUUCUUUACAGUGUCAUCGUGAUUAACAUCAAAGCGUCCUUUGCAUGGUUUUUGCUUCGCAUUAUCACCAACCAGGUUCAUAAAUGGAUCAUUUAUGCAGCAACCUUAUUCUCGGUCAUCCCACGCAUUGCUUUCUUCUUCGUUGCGCUGUUCCAAUGCCAACCUGUGUCGUAUUUCUGGGAUAGGUCGCAACCUGGCAAAUGCAUCCCGAUCAACAUCAUCGUGUCUCUAGUAUACUUUGAUAGCGUGAUGACCAUCAUUACCGACUUUACCUUCACCAUCCUGCCUGCCUUCAUCAUCUGGAGCCUCAAGAUGAAGACGCGAGUCAAGGCUCUUCUUGUCUUCUUGAUCGCUAUGGGCUGCAUUGCAAGCGCUGCUGUAUGCGUACGAUUGGCUUAUACCCACACGCUCAAGAAUCCUGAUUUCUUAUGGGCGACCACCGACGUGGCUAUCUGGUCAACUAUCGAAAUGGGCUUGGCCAUCAGCGCCGCAAGUCUGGCAACAUUGCGACCGUUACUCAACCAGAUCUCAUGGAAACUGGGAUUUGGGUCCGAACAGAAGUCGUCACCGAGCCGCUUGUAUAAAUUACCAUCGAACCACAAGACCAAUGGCGGCAGCCACCUUGAUCGAAAUGUUUAUAUCUUGUCCGAGUUUUCACAAGGUAGAAGCUUAACCAAGAAGGGGAGCGAGGACUGGGAGCUGGGAACACAUACAGCGGCCUAUGCUGAGCCCAGCAAGAACUUGUCAACAGAAUCAACCAAAGAAAUUAACUUUGACAAUGAAAGCCAGGAGUAUUUGCACAAGGGUAUGUCUGCGAUUUGA